AGCUGAUAUUGAUAUAAUAAUCCAGUGAAGAGGAGGAAGAGAAAAAUAUAUUUAUGCGCACCAUGCGACCACCUCCACUUGUUCUUGACGCUGCAAUGGAUACGCCUGGAACACCGCCAAAUAUUCCUGGGAAGAAUCAAAAAACUACGAUAAAAAGACGCCGAGAGAGCAUUGCCACCAGAGCUCGUGAAUUUCUAUCCGCCGUUGUCAAAGGAAAUUUGCUAGAAGUGUCAAGAAAAAUGUCCCCUCAAGCUUUAAAGAUUGCCCACCCAAAUACCGGAAGUGUUGCAUUAAUACUUGCAGUUUUAAACGGGCACAAAUCGAUCGUUGAAGCCAUAUUAGGAUAUUCCCUAAAUACUCUCAAUAUGCACGACAACGACGGACGUACCGCAUUACAUUACGCAGCUGCUCUAUAUGGGCUCAGUCAGGAUCCGACCAUGUAUUUUCUUUUGUUGGAGAAAGGGGCCAAAGAUAAUCUGGCGGAUUCGGAAGGGUUCACAGCUCAGGAUGUACGAAAUAAUCCCGGAUUGAUUGAUUUGGAUAGAGCUAGAUAUGCGAACGUUUACCCUGUGCCACGAGAAACUGAAUGGGAAGUCCGUUUUGCGUCGAAGUCAGCAGAAGAUUUUAACAACGACAUAAUCAACGGAACACUUGACAUGAGCCAUGUGCCAAACAUCCCUGAACACUUGGAUCUUAUCAAAAAACUCUCGUUACUUCAAUCUCAGGUUUUGGGUAUUUGGGAUGCAGUUGCAGCGGAAGAUGACCGAAGUCUGAAACAGUUGAUUUGUGAGAGACAAAUGGGGUUGGUAAGGGAUAGAGAUGGACGGACACCUCUACAUCAUGCUUAUAUGAAACGACGGAAUGAGCUUAUCGAAUAUUUACUCUACAUCUGUCCCGAUUCGGCUAACAUUAAAGACAGGCACGGCAAAACACCCUCCGAGUACAGCGUUGUGAAGCCUCCACCAGCACCACCACAGCUCCUUGAGCCGGCUACUGUCGCGGAUUCGUUACUGCUUAUUCCGAAUAGGGAACGUAGGCCAUCCCGAACGCAGCUUCUUCACAAAGAACGAUUCCACCUGCCCGCUGAAGAAAAAGCGACGAGGAAGAAGUCGACUAGUGACAAUACAAUGAGAAGCCGAGAAUCGGACUCUCCGGAGGGAAUUGAACCAGAUGUGCUGAAUAGGAUUCAAGGAGUUGAUGUUAAGAAUCGAGAUUUCACAGUGUUGGAGCAACUGCAGAUUGAAGGAAAAGGAGAUCAAAUCUGGAAAGCAGCAAAGCAGAGUGGUGAGAGAAUUGCACGUCAUGUCCAAGAAUUUCGCCAACUCCAAAAUCGCCUCAGCACCGCAAUUGACGCCAUUGAAAAAGACGAAAAGAAGCGACUGGACCAAUCGGUUGAUGAAGAAGUUAUGGCAACAAGAGAUCAUCGAGGAAUGCGUCUACUUCAUAUUGCUGUAUUGAGAGAGAAACAUGAAAUCAUUGAGCAUCUUGCCAUCACCUUUCCAAAUCAAAUUGAUUUAACGGAUACGCUCGGACGUACGGCUCUCCACUACGCGGCGUGCCAACAAAAUGCAAUUUACGACUCUCUUGUUGAUCUAGGCGCUCGAAAAGAUUUAGCAGAUCAAGACGGUAUAACUGCGGAGGAAUAUCGUCAGAACCCGGGACGACUUCUUCGGCCGUCAUCAGCUGUGUCUUCUGUGAUGCUGAGAUCCAUGUCAACUGACGAUGAGUUUUUUGAUCCAGACGCACCAUCAGAGGAACAAGUUGAAGAAUGGUUGGCAACCGGUGAAGUUCUGAAGCUUGAACAAAUCGUGCUUGAUGGAAGAGGACAUAUGCUUAGAGAGAAGAAGACGGUUAAUGCUUCAAGUAACGAAUUUCUGUCGGGACUUACACAGUAUUUAACGAAAAUUGAUGCAAUACACAAAGCAGUUGAGGAAGGAGAUGUUCGAAGAGUUAAAUCAUUGAUUGAUCGGCCGCUUUUAUCAACUGCCAGAGAUAAUUAUGGAAUGACGCCAAUUCAUAAAGCAUUACUUCAUGGCCAAACAAACACAGUGCGCUUCCUUCUUGGCCGCUUCCCAAGCUGUGUGAACGCCACUGAUCACGCUGGCCGAACCCCACUCCACUACGCUGCUGCUGAUCCAAAUGGUGAACAUAUGAUAAAAGUGCUGCAGAAAAGUGGUGGAGACGCAUUUAUAGAGGAUAAACACGGUCAUACUCCAUUCUAUUAUCGAACACACGGUCAACGAUUGAAUGUUCGAUCGAUGAAAGACAACGCGGUUAUGAAUCAACUCAUUUCGGGACAGUUGAGCAGGCCGUUGUUACAAGAUUUAGAAGAGGAUAUUUAUGAUUGGAUUCAUACUGGAAAUAUUGGAAAGUUGGAAGAAUUGGUGCUUACCGGGUAUGCAGAUUUAUUAUUGGGAAGGAAUCAUGAAGUUGAUGAUGCUGAUAGUAUUGGAUUUUUAGAAGUGCUACCUCAAUAUCAGGCAAAGAUCCAAUCAAUCCACAAAGCAGUCGAAACAGGAAAUCUUCGAGCCGUCAAGUUGUUGACUGAUCGUAAGAAGCUAUCACUUUGUAGAGAUACCCGAGGCCUUUCUCCACUUCACAAGGCAAUUGUUUUUGAACGAACUGAUAUUGCAAAAUACCUUAUUCGAAAUUAUCCGCAGUCUGUGAACGCUAUGGAUCAGAAGAAAAGGACUCCACUUCACUACGCAGCCGCAUUGAAAGACGGAGGAUACUUGUAUAAGGUUAUGAGGAAAUCUGGAGCUGAUCCGAAUAUUUAUGAUUGUAAUGGUCGCCCUGCAAAAUACUACUUAAAACAUACCGGAGAAAUCGAUCUAUCAGCAAUGCGACUCGACACUCGAGCAGCUUUAAAACAAGUCUUACAUAAUAGAGUUGCUCCAAGCUAUCUAGAAUCCUCAAUUCAACAAUGGCUCCGUGAUGGACAGCUGGCGAAAUUGGAGCAAUUGGUGUUGUCGGGAUGUGGAGACUUGCUGCAAAGUCGGACAUCGACUCAUACGGAAACUCAGGCAUUUUUGGAUAGAUUACCGGAUUAUAUGGACAAAAUCGAUGGAAUCCAUAAAUCAAUAAAAGAAGGCAACUUGGACAAAGUUAAAGAACUAAUGAAGACGAAAAAAUUAGCAAUUGCAAGAGAUCGAUUUGGAUGUACACCUUUGCAUUCUGCAGUUGUUCAUGAGCACACUGAAAUUGUCCGGUAUAUUGCAGGACACUAUAACUCUGUUUUAAAUGCUCCUGAUUAUAAUAAGCGAACUGCAAUGCAUUACGCUGCCGCGGCAAGAGAUGGAGGUCAUUACCUGAAAAUUCUUGGAAAAGCUGGAGCCGAUCCGAUGGCUGUUGAUAACGAAGGAAGAACACCUGAUUAUUACCGAAGGAAUGCAGUUAUUGAUUUGAAACUUAUCAAGGAUCGGGAUGAAGAUUUUGAGACUAUAAAUGAGGAGUAUUUAGAGGAUGGGCCAUUGAUUGAUUCUCCAGCUACACCUGAUUCAGGAAGUGAAGGGUCAUUCAUUGAUAGUGCACGUAUGUUGGAUGAUGAGGAUGAAAGUAUUGAAAGGCAUCGGUUUGAGAAGGCGUUCAGAGGGAAGAUUGAUUUGCCAACGUCGGAGAAUGGAGUAUAUCUCGCAAGGACGGUGGCGCCUGUUUUGACUAAAGCGCUGGCAGAGGUUCUACUUCGCCGUCCUGCCGACCCUAUUGGAUUUAUUGCCGAGUGGCUCUCAAAAUACGUCGUAGAAAUUCCACGUCACAAUGGAAGUCAUUGAUUUCAACACAUUUUUUAAGAAUAAAAAAAGGAGAAACUUUUUUAUUUCAAUAAAAUGUGUCAUUUUUUGGGAAAAUU